AUGAUUUAUGGUUCCAACAAAUCCCCGGCAUCGUCCCAGCCGGCAUCGGCAUCUUCGUCCACGGCGGCAGCUUCCGAUCGAUCGAUGAAGUUCGAUGUUUUUGGAUUGAAUAACAAACAGUUAUAUAUUUGUUUUUUUUUUCUGAUAAAUACCCAUCCACUCCUCACAGCUAAGGUGCAAACUAGCUUCCGCCAGAAUGCAUCAUCGAUCGGACGAUGGGGCCGAUCGACUACGAAUCCGGUAACCAUCCCGACCAGUACGGUGGUGAGCGGGGCGGGCGAUAGCUACGGAUACACGCUAACGGGAAGUCCCAGCCCACCGCACAGUCCCCCGAUCAAUAUGCCCCCACCAAUACCGCCCCGACCUGUGAUACGACAGUCAAGCUUCACCAAGAUCGGAUACAUGAUCAACACAGCCGUCAAUGGCACUAAAAAGCAAUUUAGUAGCAGCAGCAGCAGUAACAGCGGCAGCUCUGGUGGUAAUGGCGAAACAUCGUGGUGCUUUUCACAGAUAAAGGGUGCCCUGGACGAUGAUGUUACCGAGGCCGACAUCAUUUCCUGCGUCGAGUUUAAUCACGACGGAGAACUGCUGGCCACCGGUGAUAAAGGUGGACGGGUCGUCAUCUUUCAGAGAGAUCCUGCAUCGAAAGCGGCGUCACCACGACGCGGCGAGUACAACGUUUACUCCACCUUUCAGUCGCACGAGCCCGAGUUCGACUACCUAAAGUCGCUGGAGAUCGAGGAGAAGAUCAAUAAAAUCAGAUGGCUCAAGCGCAAGAACCAGUCGCAUUUUCUGCUCUCGACCAACGACAAAACGAUCAAGCUGUGGAAGGUGUCGGAGCGCGACAAGCGGGUCGAGGGCUACAACACACGGGAGGACAAUGGGAGCAUACGCGACCCGUCGUCGAUCAGCGCGCUGCGCGUACCGUCGAUCAAACCGAUGGACCUGAUGGUGGAAGCGUCGCCGCGUCGCAUCUUCGCGAACGCGCACACCUACCACAUCAACUCGAUCUCGGUGAACUCGGACCAGGAAACGUACCUGUCGGCGGACGAUCUGCGGAUCAACCUGUGGCACCUGGAGAUCACCGACCAGAGCUUCAACAUCGUCGACAUCAAGCCGGCGAACAUGGAGGAGCUGACGGAGGUGAUCACUGCCGCCGAGUUCCACCCGACCGAGUGCAACGUGUUCGUCUACUCGAGCAGUAAAGGUACUAUCAGGUUAUGUGAUAUGCGAUCGUCGGCGCUCUGCGAUCGCCACGCGAAGCUGUUCGAGGAGCCGGAGGACGUGGAUAUCACCAACAAGAGCUUCUUCCGCGAGAUCAUCAGCUCGAUCAGCGACGUGAAGUUGAGCAACUCGGGCCGCUACAUGAUCUCGCGGGACUAUCUGAGUAUUAAGGUGUGGGACUUGCACAUGGAAACGAAGCCGAUCGAGACGUAUCCGGUUCACGAAUACCUCCGCACGAAGCUGUGUUCGCUUUACGAGAACGAUUGCAUCUUCGACAAGUUCGAGUGCUGCUGGAAUGGGAACGAUUCGGCCAUCAUGACCGGUAGCUACAACAACUUUUUCCGCAUCUUCGAUCGGAACACGAACAAGGACGUCACGCUGGAAGCUUCGCGCGACAUUAUCAAGCCCAAAACGGUGCUGAAGCCGCGCAAGGUGUGCACCGGUGGCAAGCGGAAAAAGGACGAGAUCAGCGUUGACUGUUUGGCCUUCAACAAGCGGAUCCUCCACACUGCCUGGCAUCCGCUCGAGAACAUCAUCGCCGUGGCCGCAACCAAUAAUUUAUUCAUAUUUCAGGAUAAGUUUUAGCUAAUAGUAAUAGUAGUAGCGAGGAUAAUUAAUUAUUAUUAUAAUUAUAAUGAUUAUUAUUAUUAUUAUUGAUAGAUUUUCCUGAGGAUAUGAAAAAUGGAUGUGGUUGUACGAGACACGGUGGUGAGGAAAACAAAUGGGUUUAAAAACGGGGAAUUUGGUAGAUGGUUCCGAUCGAGCAAAAACCCCGUUCUACUGGAACCUGAUGCAAACGAAUGCCUAAUGUUUCGUGCACGGGAGAACGGAUGUAGCGGUUGGUCAGUGCAGCGAGCUGGAUGUUUGAUGCCCGGGGAGAGAAGAAGGAGUAAGUGGGAAGCGAGUGUUUGCCUAGGUAGGUAGGGAGUAGCAAAAAAAAACGAAACCUGUAAAGAAGUUAAUGUCGAGCAAACGCAGAACAACAAAUGAUGGGGAAGAUACAAUCAAAUGCGAUGCAGUUGAAGGAAAAGCUGUGUGGUACCCGGGGGGUCAUGAUCAAAUGGUAAAUUCAUCCAAAAAUUCAAAAACGCUAACCGUACUGAAAGUUUUUGUCAUUAAAUAAAGGUUUGUGACGGACCAGGAAAAAAGGGUGGCACGGCAACGUAAAACCGCGGAAGGGGGCUUCAUUGCAACCAUGAAAAGGGGAUCUCUUUUUCGUCGCUUGUUUUGAGAGAUUAUUUGCCUGUGCUUUUUUGCAAUCCUUUCGCUUCCGUACGUGAGUGUAAGAUCGUGCAAUCCCAACCCCCCUUUGUCAUCCCGGUCAACGAUCAUAAUCCAACUAAGCAUUGUAAGGAGCAACACCAGAAACAAAACAUUUGAAAAAUAGCAUCAUCCAGAGGGAAAUCCAUAGCUUCAGUACUAGCUUAGCAGCGAGGGCAUGAAAGCGGCGGCACAAUUAUUCGGGAAACGCCAUGCGUAUGGGUAAGCACGCGCGGGUAUGUGUGAAUGUGUAGUGCGAAUGCAUGGAGUAAAAGUUCCCCUGAGAAAAGGAGUAAGAAAGUUUUGAUUAGCAGGGGCCGGGAGGGGUGAUUGAGGAAUGAUUGCUGUGUGUGAGAUUUGCGAGCAUAAAGUGAAGUGAAAACGUGGUGUGUGGGUUGGCGUGUAUAUGAGCGUCGUCCGUUAUAACGGUAGGGCAAGAACGUAAUAAAGGAAGAUAGAUCGUUAGUCCUGGAUUCUAAAAGUAAUAAGGCAGUUAGGGUAGCAGUGAAGGUAGACGAUAGGAGGCAGGAAGUUGUAAACAUGAAACACGAAUAAGAAAAAUCAAUCAUUAUCCCUGCGCGCCAAGUAGGCAUAUUAAGCAACACUCUAACAGUGUAGCGUUGGUGUAUAGUUGGAAGAAUAUAACACCUACUAAACAGCA